ACCGCCUUCACGCAGCCUUCUGGACAUAUCUCGGAACUUUGUGCAAGACGUCAGAAGUAGGCUACUUCGUUUAUCCGUGGUUAAUUCUGAAAGACAAAGAUUCAGAUUCAUUGCAAGCUUUCUGAAAAGCAUAUUUGCAAUCACCAGCCUUAGCUGUAACUAUCAGGCUACCCUUAGCAAGUUGACUACCCCAGCUAAAGUCAACACCUGUGGGCAAAGUUAAUGUUGCUUUCUGGGCAAACGUCAGCUGGUUAACGUUAAAAAUCGGAGCAUUUUUGGUUUAAAACAUAGAGAUAAAUGUUUGAGGCAUCAACGUUAAUUGUGCCGUCUUGCCGUUACCCAUAUGAACAUUAACGGUUCAUAGAUUAUAUUGGGGAAAAUAGCUGACUGAUAUAUCUCUUUAAUAAGAAACUGUUAGGCUAUUCAUAUUGCCGUUGUAUCGCAGUGUUUUGUCCGCUUCCGCCAUGAUUAAGUACUUGCCUGAUGAAGUGAAGGCAAAGCUUCGUUCAGGCAUUGCUAUUUGUUCUCUUCAGCAGUGUGUUGAGGAACUUGUUCUCAAUAGUAUUGAUGCCAGCGCAACCUGUGUGGCAGUGAAGGUGGAUGUAGAGGCUUGCAAGUUGCAGGUAGUCGACAAUGGCCUAGGGAUAGACAGAGAAGAUUUUGAUAGAGUAGGGAACAGAUAUAACACUAGCAAAUGCAGCUGUUUGGAGGACUUGGAGAAUCUGAGAUUUUAUGGGUUUAGAGGAGAGGCUAUGGCAAGCAUCAUCUCUCUUUCUGGUUUGGUAGAAAUAUCAUCCAGGACUAAGCUUUCCACAAAGACAUUUGUUAAGGUCUUCAACAGUGGACAGAGUGUGGGUGUAUGUGAGGCAGAGACAGCCAGACCAUCUGCAGGUACAACAGUUACAAUUUGCAACUUCUUUUGCAAUAUGCCUGUAAGGAAGAAAUGUCUUGACCCUGUGCUGGAGAUGGAAAGAAUCAGACAAAGGAUUGAAGCCAUCUCUCUCAUGCACCCGUCUGUCUCCUUCACAAUGAAGAAGGAAUGUACAGGAGCCAUGCUAGUGCAGUUGUCUAAAGUAAAAAGUAUAUAUUAUCGGUUUGCUCAGAUUCAUGGCCUAGGGAGGGCACAAAAACUUCGUGAAGUUACACAUUUGUAUGGACAGUUUGAAAUUACAGGACACAUUGGCUGUGAGGGUCACCAUAACAAUAAUCUACAAUUUCUGUUUCUAAAUAGAAGGCUUAUACUAAAAACAUGUAUACACAAAUUACUGAAGUGUAUCCUCUCCAAAUGUGCAACCUUCAAUAAGCAAUGUAGCAGUCCCAUUGUCUCUCAGGUUGCUUCCAGCCCUAAAGAGCGUGUUGGAGGAGAGCUUCAUGGAGUGUAUGUGAUCAACAUCAACUGCAGUUAUUCAGAGUAUGAUGUGUGUUUGGAGCCAGCUAAAACACUCAUUGAGUUUAAAGACUGGGACAGUCUCCUGUAUUGCAUGGAGGAGGGUGUCAAAACAUUUCUGAAAAGAGAGAGUCUACUUGAGACUAUGCCUGAACCUGAAGCCUCUCAGGGCUGUUUGAUCCCUCCUUUGUUUUGUCAACAGUCAGCUUUUUCUGACAUUGGAAACAGCAAUCAGCUUGUCUGCAGUGACUUCGUCAGGGGGAAGACACUGGCUUCAAAGUCUGUCCUCCGAAGAAUUGCUGUGGAUUUUACAAAAAUGAGCGGAAGUUCUCCGCCGUGUGACAAGGAUUCCACAGAAUGUGAAAUGGAUGCUAAAGUGGCAAUAGCAACCAAACUUGAACUGGCUUUUGAGACAUCAUCUCAAGAAGGAAACACUGUAUUACUGAAUCAUUCAAAUCUGCAAGAUAAGCAAUGGAACGUAUCAAAUUCAGUGUCUGUUAAUUGUGAAGAUGCUAUCAACGAUAGCGUUACACAUUUUGACCAUGAAUACAAAGCACUUAAUGUAAAUUUUCAAAAGUGUAAGGCUAACAAAGUAAAUGGAACAGAAAUGACCAACAGCUCAAGCCAAAUUUGCAGGCAGCCUUUCACUGCCGACAUUGCACCUUUGAUUCUAGAAGUCACACCUAGUCACAAAUUGGCUGUGUCAUAUGUAGCUAGCCCUCUAAGCAAAUUUAGAAGAUUGUCUGGUGAGCUAGAUGAAACAGAACAUCAGCCUCGAGAUGUAUGUAGCAAUCACAUGACCUUUGUCAGUGAGACAGCCUUGGCAGUCAAACAGGACGCACAUGUUGCAAACCUUUUAUUUCCUGAGAGAAAGCAACACAAGACGGACAACUCCCUAACUUUUGUAGGUAGUGUGUCAAAACUACACACAUUUUCAGGUUGUAGAUUAAACAACAGAAGAAAAGUAUCUGUCGCCACCAAGCUUUCUAAUUUGAAACAGGCAAAGAUAGAAAGCUGUGAUUCUACUACGGAGAAUGUUCUUAAUGUCAUCAGAAAUAAAGAUAUCUGUAACUGGAAACAAUUGGCACAUUCUUCAAUACAAAACGUGGACCAUGGAGAGCAAGCUUUGGAUAAUACCCCUCUGCGUCCCAUUCUUCCUUAUUGUGUGGAAGAUUCCCCUUCCACUCCUAGAUAUGAUUAUAAAACCUCAGAAAACCCUGACCUGUCUUAUUCAUUAUUAAGGCCCUAUCAUACUGGUUCCUCCACUAAUACCCAUAACUUUCCAACAACAGCACCAACCCCAACCAUUGUGGAACUGAACCCCAUAGAUUUGUGCAUUCCCUCAACAAUUUCCCCUACUGAUAAGCUCAAGAAUUAUGAGAUCCUCCUUCCAAGAGCUGCCAACUCAAAAGGAUAUCACACAGAUGAAUCACAGCAGAGAAAUGUACAGAUCCCAACAUCAGACAACUGGCGGGCACACUAUGAUUACUUUGCUGGGAAAAUGGUUUACAUCAACAAAGUAACAGGACUAAGCAAAUAUGAUACUCUGUCAGAGGAAGAGACAAAAGUGUCCUGCAUGCCUGAUGUCACCAACGCUGCUGUCCGUGUGCUUCAGAGAAGAGUUGACACUGAAGCAACCGAUGGCCUUUCACGACUGUUCGCCGCAUGGAAGAAUCCAGUCUUCAUACAGCCACUAGAUGUGGCUUUGGAUGUAACCAGUGGAGUGGCAGACCAUCUACCUGUGCCAGUACACAACAUAAUGUUACCAUAUCGUUUUACCAAGGAUAUGAUCACUUCCAUGAAGGUCAUUCAUCAAGUGGACAAAAAAUUCCUAGCUUGUCUUGUCAACACAGGAAACCAGAAAAUGUGUUUCAACAAUAAACCAAAAGUUCAUCUAGCAAAUCUUCUGGUGUUGGUGGACCAGCAUGCAGCUCAUGAGAGAGUUCGGUUAGAGGGUCUUGUGGCAGAGUCAUAUGAGGAUGAUCCUCUGCAGCUAGGCCAAAAGAAGCUAUGUUCCUCUGUUGUGUCACCACCCCUGGAAGUGGACAUCAGGCAGGAAGACCUCAGACUUCUUAAAUCCUGCCAGCCUCUUCUCAGCUCUCUGGGACUGGAUAUGGAAUUUCCUCACAGUGACAAGUCGUGUGUGUUAUUGCGGAAAGUUCCUGCAUGUUUUCUGGAGAGAGAAAACACCAAGUUGCGCCGUGGUAGACUCUCUGUGGUCAAGUCUCUAGUAGAGGAGUAUCUCCGAGAGCAGAUUAAGUCGCUGCGUUUGACAAGAAGACUACAGACCACCCUACCACUAACAGUACAUAAUGUACUAGCAUCUCAGGCCUGUCAUGGAGCAAUCAAAUUUAACCAUAGUCUAAGUCAGGAAGAAUGUCGUAGUCUGGUGAGAUCCCUUGCAGCCUGCCAGCUACCAUUCCAAUGUGCUCAUGGACGGCCUUCCAUUACCCCAGUCGUGGACCUCCAGUACCUGGACAAUGAGCAAAUGGAUACUUCAAAACCCAAUCUACGGAAAUUGAAGAGAAUGUACAAUGCUUGGCUUAUUUAUGGGAAAAAAAGAUCAGGGGAAGAAAAAUAUGUAUAGCUCAUGCUGAAACAUUUAUUUAUGGUAUGAAAUGUAUUAAGCUCUUUAUAUUCAUGUCUAUUCAUGUGUGAAGUAUUCACAAUAUUGGAUGUCUAUUUCUGACUAAACAUUGUUUCUUAAAUAUUUCGGUUGUCUUUGAUCCUUUAUUAUAUGUUUUAUUUGGCAGAUUUGUUGAAAUAAAGCAAGGACAUUUUCUGUGCGUAAAGUUACACCGCCCAUAAAUCAGUUUGUAAAGGCAAUGUCAUUUUUACUUUUUUAGGACUUUUAUUAACCGUUCUUCUAUAAUGCUCUAACCGGUUACCAUUUAGAGCAGUGUUUCCCAAACUUUUUUUCUGGGGACCCACUUUUUAAAAAUGACAGACCAUCGCGACCCAUUUCACUUCAGAUCUAACAUGCAACCACCAAUAUUGUUUUAGACCACAUGUUCUCAAACUUUUCUUGGGGAUAUUCUUGCAUGCUACGCAGUCGUCACUCUUCAGCAUAAGCUGUUCCUGUAUUUCUAAAGAGAGAUGUUGUAGGCUACGUUGCUUUGCAGACAAAUGGAUCCAUAACACCGUCAAUUCCUAUGCAAACAUAGCAAAUAACUCAAGUCGUUUUAUUGUAGCCUAUUUGUGGAGGUUUCUUUUUUUGGAAAGUUGAAUCCGCAUUUUCCUCUGGAACGUUUGGCGCAAAUUGAAUAGCCAUGUCCGGCAUAUGGAUGUCUGCUUUAGUUGACUAGAUUUUAAUCAGUGAAGUUGAAGGGCUGGUGUCCGUUAAUGUUCGUGCAAAUAGGCUGAUUCAUGUCCCUUGCAUUUUGCAACUGCGAGGUCCAUGGCAGGCGCCCUACAGAAAUGUUUCAUUUUGCGAGUGAGAUGUCCACAUUGUCCCCUCUGCGAUGCGUUCGCCCCCCAGUUUCAGAGCUAUUCUAAAUGCAAAAUUGCACAGAGGGCCCCGACUGUGGUAAACAGACUAUAUCCUAAUAGAAAACUGAUAGCUUUCCUGGAUAAAUGGUAUAAGUUAGGUCUAUUAGACCAGUGUUUCCCAAAGACGGGUGGGUCGCAGGAGAUUUUAUUUGGGUCGCCAGCACCAUGUCUAAUAGGCCUAACUUAUACCAUUUAGCCAGGAAAGCUAUAAAAAAAAAUCGAGUUCCUACACUAUUUAUCUACACGUUCAUUCACAGGGGUCUUCAUCUUGAAAAAUGGGCUUUAAGUGUUAAAAAUUAUUGCAGUUUCAAUAUACAAGAUAUGCUGUAGCACAGUGGUUAGAGGAGCGAGCUUUGAUCUAAGGAUCAUUGGUUCAAAUUCAGCAGCAAUCAUUCUGCCCAUGUUAGUUUUGCACUGGAUAUUUAAAUGCCAACACAAAAGGUUGUAAAAGUAGCCAAAUAAGAGUUUGUUAGUGUGUGUCUAGGCCUACAGUUUAAGUGCAUUUAUAUUGGUAGCUAUAGUGAGGUAGGACUAGGCUAUUUGCUGAUUAUGGGUUGGUUGUGUUGCUUGGGCGGUGGCGAUUAAAACACAAUAAUUCACAAAGCUGUCUUCUUUUAAUGUAGGUAAAGGCUUACUUCAAGUCGGGACAGGAUAGGUCUAUUUGAGUCUAUGUGCGUGUGGAAACCAUUAUUAUUAUUCCAUUCUCACAGUUUUAUAUGGGCUUAUCAUGGUAAAGUAGCUUAUUAUCAGUUGGAUUUAUUUUUAAGGCAGUGCUUCACGUGUGCGUGCAUGAAAGUGAGAGAGGCAGACGGAAAAGUCCGGCAGAGUAACAUCAGUUGAACUUGUUACAGUUAGCCGUGGAAUGAAAGGGCUUUUUCGUAAUGUUUGCUAAGCCUAUAGGAGCACUGUUUUCCUAAACUGCAUUAAAACGUGAUCCCUAUAUGAGGCGUUCCUGACUGUAACGUCAAAGAUAGCAAUUUGAGGGUUGCCUCAGGUACAAGGAUACAAGGAUACA